UUAUUCGCGGCCGCCAGAAAGAGUAUGCAGUUUAUAUACAAUAUAAUACCUCGCGCUGUUCUUCAAACGCAGAAUCCGUAAUGUAGUGAAGAGUAAAAUACAACCUGCAGCACACGCUCGACAUUGUGGUGACAAUAGUUAGUUUGUGGCGUACAAGCGUGGUGACACUGAUGAAUAUUAAGAAGAUGAGGUGCGUGACGUUUGCGAAUUUAGAGUUUGAGUGAGUGAGCGAGACAGUGAGAGGGGAAUAGAGCGAGCGCUGAUUACCAGUGACAUCAGGAUUCAGCUCCGAGCUGUCCUUCACCCGAGCUGCUAAGAGAAGUGAAACAGCCUUUAACUGCAAAGUCUUUACACCUGAAGGAUUCUUAUGAUGCCUGUGGACUUGUUGCGUACUGAACUAACGGAACUACGGGCAUGAGGGUUACCCUUUCCACAGGAUUUAUGUGUAUAUAUAUUAUAUAUUUUUGUUGCAACAAUGGGGUUAUUUAACAUGAAACUGAAAAGGAUUACUGGAAGUAUAAUGUUCUGUGGAACUGCUUGAGGACUACGGUUUGCACAAUACAGCAAGCUGUCAAUAAGAGUCUGGAUGCCUUGGAUCGGGACGCUGUGAGUCAGCAUGGAGACAAUCAGCACCCAGCAACCCUACUCUGGCCCACACAGGCUGUCAAUCAGCACCCAGCAACCCUACCCUGGCCCACACAGGCUGUCAAUCAGCACCCAGCAACCCUACCCUGGCCCACACAGGCUGUCAAUCAGCACCCAGCAACCCUAUCCUGGCCCACACAGGCUGUCAAUCAGGACCAAUGAGGAUGAGGCUGACCGCAUUGAGAACGGCAACAGCAGGGAUCAAUCGCUGUGCGAAGACACUUCCUCUGAGCUGCAGAGAGCCGUCUCCAUGGAGACCAGAGAGCUGGCGGAGUCCCGCAGGAGUUCCUUCACAGGCAGGGGAGCCAUGGCCAGGGUUUCUCGAUUUCUCCUUUCAUUAAGAAACUGGGCAAGGCGACGACUGCACCACGAAGACCAGAGACCAGACUCCUUUCUGGAGCGCUUCCGAGGCCCGGAGCUCAAGGAGGCUUCCAGCAGAGAGAGUAACACCCAGUCAGCCCUGGGGACCCCGGGCCAGCACGGCAGAGUGAAGAGCCACUGGCCCUCAGCAAACUUCAAUGUGAACAACUGCAACAAUACAGACGACAAAAAGGAAGACAAAAAGGAGAAGAAAGAGGAUGAGAAAAAAGAGGAAAAGGAGGAGAAAAAAGAUGACAAGAAGGAUGCCAAAAAGGACGAUAAAAAGAAAGAGAAGAAAAAAGAAGUGUUUGUCAUCGACCCAGCGAGCAAUCUAUACUACAGGUGGCUGUCCAUUAUUGCAGCUCCAGUCAUGUACAACUGGUGUCUGCUGGUGUGCAGGGCAUGUUUUGAUGAACUUCAAAUGGAUUACCUGGUUUUGUGGGGUGUUUUAGAUUACUCCUCAGAUUGUGUCUACCUCAUUGACACUUUUGUGAGAUUUAGGACAGGUUUCCUCAAACAAGGAUUGCUUGUCAAGGAUUCAAAGGAGUUACGGGAGAAUUACAUGAAGACUUUGCAGUUCAAAUUUGAUACACUCUCACUUGUGCCGACAGACUUAAUCAGCAUUAAAAUUGGGUCCAACUGGCCUGAACUGAGGUUUAACAGGCUCUUCAGAUUUGCACGCAUGUUUGAGUUUUUUGACCGCACCGAAACCAGAACCAAUUACCCCAACAUCUUUCGAAUCGGCAACCUUGUCCUGUACAUCCUGAUUAUUAUCCACUGGAACGCAUGCAUAUACUUUGCCAUUUCCAAAGCCAUAGGGUUUGGGACGGAUACCUGGGUGUACCCCAACAUAAGCCACCCUGAAUACGGUCGACUGGCCAGGAAGUACAUCUACAGCCUGUACUGGUCCACACUGACACUGACCACAAUCGGGGAGACCCCUCCCCCAGUGAAGGACGUGGAGUACCUCUUUGUCGUGUUCGACUUCCUGAUUGGAGUGCUGAUCUUCGCUACCAUCGUUGGUAAUGUGGGUGCCAUGAUUUCCAACAUGAACGCCUCCAGAGCGGAAUUCCAGGCCAAGAUAGAUUCCAUUAAGCAAUACAUGCAUUUCCGCAAAGUCACCAAAGACCUGGAGGCCCGAAUCAUCAAGUGGUUCGACUAUCUCUGGACCAACAAGAAAACAGUGGAUGAAAAGGAGGUCCUGAAGAACUUGCCUGACAAGCUGAAAGCCGAGAUCGCCAUCAACGUCCACCUGGACACGCUGAAGAAAGUGCGCAUCUUCCAGGACUGCGAAGCCGGGCUGCUGAUAGAGCUGGUGCUGAAGCUGAGGCCACAGGUGUUUAGCCCCGGAGACUAUAUCUGUCGCAAAGGGGACAUUGGCAGAGAAAUGUACAUCAUCAAAGAGGGGAAGCUGGCCGUCGUAGCAGACGACGGCAUCACCCAGUUUGUUGUUUUGAGUGACGGGAGUUACUUUGGAGAAAUCAGCAUCUUGAACAUCAAGGGGAGUAAGUCAGGGAACAGAAGGACUGCAAACAUUAGAAGCAUAGGCUACUCCGAUCUCUUCUGUUUAUCCAAGGAUGACCUCAUGGAAGCCCUGACUGAGUAUCCGGAGGCCAAGAAGGCACUGGAGGAGAAAGGGAAAGCCAUUUUAAUGAAGGAUGGCUUGAUAGACGAGGAGAUGGCCAAACAAGGAGACGACGCGCAAAACAUGCAAGAAAAAGUGGACCACCUGGAAACCACUCUGGACCUCAUGCAAACGAAAUUCGCCAGACUGAUGGCAGAGUUUACCUCGAGCCAGCAAAAGCUCAAACAGAGACUCGCAACAGUGGAGUCGAAAGUGAAGAAGUACGGGAGCGCAAGCUUCUCGGAGGAUCUGGAAACAGACAACGAAGCUGCGAAAGAAGAGGACAAAAAGGACAAAUAACAUGCACUGGUCACUGCACUGGUCAGUGCACUGGUCGGUGCAUUUCUGAUUAUCUUGGACUAGACCAGCUAAUUGUUUUUUUUUAUAAGAUACCAAACAGGAAAAAAAUGUAGUUUGAUACUUAACUUCUGUUUUCAUUUAACAUAUAAUGUAAAGUAAUGCUUUUUUCCCCUGAAAAUAGUUUUCCAUUAGAGCAAAAGUCUCUUUUUACUUGCCGAUCUCAAGCUGUUCACAUACAGUGUAGUGCAGUUCUGCAGGAGGAAACUCUUCAUUGCAGAAGUCUUUUCAAUCACAUGAACAGCUCCUCCUGGGAAACACAGAAUGCAUAUGGGAGUGUGACAGAAUCCCAUUUGAAAGGGAGGAACUGUAUUUAUUACUGAAUAAUAUAUGCACUCUUAUUUAAGGAGAUAACGGUAUUUGAGAGAGAGUGAAGGAGGAACAGACUUGAGUCUGUAGGGCCCACAGGUGUGCAUACAGUAAUCAAGAAUAGUCUAGUUGUAUGGAAAGACUGUUUCUCUUCGACAGGCAUUAGCAAGCAAGCUUUAUCUUCAAGAUUAAAAAAACAUCAGUGCUGAGCAUGCAUUUCUUAAAUGACCAUAUUCAUGUACUGUAAGUAAAGCGUAUGGAAAUACUGGGAUAAAUGCAUUCGUUUACAAUUCUAGUUGAUCAUGUUACCACCAUUACAAUAAGCAAAGGAUGUUUUGUGAGUAUCAGUACUGUAUGUAGUGCAUUAUACUGGAUCAUUUGCAGUUGCAAAGACAAACACAAUUAGCUGGGAAAAUAAGCCUUGGUAAAAAUCCUUGGUAAAAAUUCACAGCACUUUUGGUAAUCCUUGCGGCACAGUGUAUACCUAUUACAUUGAAUAGAGUCAACAGAAAUGUACAGCACACUGUGACAGGGUAAUGGUCCGAGCUUCCCCUACCCACAAUCACAUUUAUCAGCUCAGGAACACAGAGGUUUUUGGAACGCAGGAAACAGCCACUUGAUAGUGUUCAUAGGCAUACAUAUUUAUUUUGGCACUGGAAGAAGACUUCACACAAAUUACAACUGAUGCUCACAGACUAACAUUGAACACAAAAUGACUGACGUUCACAAAGACAAGAUCACGAAUGACCCAAAAAGCACAGGAAAGACACUGCAUUAAAUGAGCCCCAGCCCCACCUGCUUCUAACAGAAUGAGUUAUCAAUUAAUCAAUCAAUCUCUCAUAGUGGACCACCAUCACAAAGCGCUUGAAUUAUUCAAUAAACAGCUACACCCGGAAUUAUUUUAUACACAAAGAAACACUUUAACAUUCAUUCCAUUCCUACUUUUUACAAUAAACAUGUUUCUUCUGCUUCACACGUUUGUGUUUAACCUGCAUGAAUACCGUUUCUGUUAAGAAACAGACAAUUGCUAACUAUUCCAUUAUUCAAGGUUUACUCCUGAUCAUUACCCUUAUUCUUCUCUAGUCCCUAACUUACCAGUAUAAAGACUGAACAUUAGCAUUACCCCUUCUCUUGGAAGAUUACCGAACAUAUGCCUAUAACAAACAUUUGUCCCACAUGUAAAGCUACGGCAACUUCAUUAAAGUAAGCUCCCUAAUCUAAAUACGGCAAUAAACCGUCAUAUCAAAUACACUUUGCUCAGCAGCAUGCAUGCUACUAUCAUGCAGGCUCUAUCACCAGUUGAAUAACAAUAAUAAACAAACAAACACAAUAACAGGCAUUUCAAUAUUACUGUGAGGGUCUCACCUUGACAGACACACACACAUAUUGGUUUACUUCAUCAUCAGAGCUCAUCAAAACAGAUUCAGUGCAUACACAUGUAUCACACUUCCUGUUCCCUUAACUGGUAAGUAUAGUGACGAUAGAGGAAUUACAGGGAUUUCAUUUAGACCCAAAGAUCUGCAUUCACCCAAAACAGACUACUUACAGGAACUGACCACAUUAGACUCCAUGGUACUUGAAUUGACCACAUUCAACUCCAUGGUACUUGUGGGUCAUUCCAAAAUGAAAGGCCCAUCUUACAAUGCUUAAAUAUUAGUUUUUGGUUUGUAAUGUAAUUAAUUUUUUAUUAUGUAUGUUUGUAAUGUAAUUUAAAUUAUGCAAGAAAACCUUCAUAUCUAAAUAAAAAUGGUUUA